UUGCUGCUCUCUAUACAGAUAAUGUUUUCGAUCGGAGGCUAUCUAUCGGACACCAGCGAUAGUGAUGAGGAAGGCAAUGCGAGCUUUAUGCGGGCAAGUAAACGAAUGCUCCGAGACAAUUCCAAUCUACUCGAAAUUCCCGACAGAGAGUUCGUAAAAAACUUUAGAGUUUCAAAGCGAGUUUUUAAACUUAUUUUGGACGAAAUGUCACAACACAUGGCUAGUGGAUGCAGAAGCAGCAAAGUGGCGCCAAUACAUAAGCUGUCUGCUUUUUUAAGAUUUCUGGCGACAGGCAGCUACCAAAAAGGCGUCGAAAAUGAGUUUCUAUCCAGCAUGUCCCAGCCAAUGGUUAGCAAUGCCAUAACAGAGUGCUUGGAAAUUUUUGAAACAAAUUUUUGUCCAAAUUGGAUAAAGCUGAGGAUGACAGAAGAAGAGGAAAGCGCUGCCAAAGAAAAUUUUUAUGUCAAAUGUGGGAUACCGGGUAUAGUUGGAUGCGUCGAUGGAACCCACGUUAAGAUUAAAUGCCCAAGUGAGGACACAAAGCAUUUAUAUUAUAAUAGGAAAGGCUAUUAUAGUAUAAAUGCAAUGAUA